AUGCCAGUCGAACUCGUCCUUUACCCUAUAAUGCGCCCAUUGGUGACGGCUAAGGCCGUGCUCUUCCAUCCUCAUAGAAGAGCUUCAAGGUAUGUUCCCAACAUUAUAGAAAUGCCUGAAAACGUUUCAGAGUACGCUGUGUUGAAACGGUUUGGUUCUGGAUCAAAAACCUUUGAUGUGUACGAUACGGAAGGUGGUUUAUAUCCAGUGGGGCCAUCUGACCCAUCCAAGUCACUUUUUUGGUUCACCAGAUCUCGGGCAGUGAAAGGUGCCUACAGAAUGUUUUCCUCAGAUAUUCGAGGAACGGGGGAAAAUGGCGAGGACGAACCAGUUGCUACGGUUAGAGCAGGCUUACGGUCGAAUGUUCUUUUGAUCCGGGCGCCAACUGCACCAGCUGCCGAGUUGGGGUGGCAUGUCAUUAGUCUUCGAGUUGACGCUAAUGACUCGUACAGAAUGUUUACCAUGGCAAAUGGAGUUACCUAUCAAUGGACCAUGAGAGGAAAAUGGCUCGAGAAGGUACUAAACGUUGGCAACAAGGAAUCAGAGGUUCGUAUAAGAAUAGGAAGAGUUGUACCCAACGGAGAUCGUGGGUUCACCCUUCAAAUCGACGAGUCGGAAAUGCCUCGAGAAUUGGCACUUGGAAGUGCUCUUUGUUCCUAUAUCGACCAGUGGAAUACGAACAUUGAAAUCGGAGGUAUUUACUAUGCUAGACAAGCCGGUGGAGUUCGGUGGAAGCGUGAUUAA